GGACGGGGAAAGAAUGUCAAUUUCCUUUCCCUUUGCCGGCGGGGACAGACCACCAACUCAAAGGCAGAUCGGAUGAAAGAGGAGGGGUACAUACGCACAGGGGAGGAUUGCCGAAAGAAAUGGGUCGAGCUGCAGAAGAAGGUUCGGGAGAUCAGGGAUGCGUGCGAAGGAUCGGGCAAACAGUCAUACUGGGACUUGACCACGGAUGAAAGAAAGAAGUUGAACAUCAGUCAAACUUUUGAGAGGCCAUUGUGGGAUGCAAUGGAGUGGUACCGCCUGAAGGCAGCAUUCACCAUGGACAACACAAUGGCGUCCGAGGAUUUGAGAGGGAGCGGUUCUGCCCCGGGCAGCGAGGCGGGGUCUGAAGGCGGGGGCACCGAAGCUUCCGAUAGCGCUCCGAAGACUCGCAGGACGAGCUCAGGGAGAGUUUGCAGGGGCGAAUCAUCGCAGACCAUAUCGUCGAUGGCGGCAGCUAUGGAGGAAUCCACUCGAACGGUCUGCGAAGGUCUGGAUAGGGUUGCUGGGACGCUGGCUCGAGCAACAACGGAGGGGGCUGCUAUGAUGGCGGCACGUUACUUCGGUCGAGAGCUCGUUUUCGGUCCGGAGAUUACGCGGCGGUCCUACCGGUUUUUGUCAGUGGAUGUGAAUGGGAAGGCCAUCGUAGAUCUUGAUGUGGCGCUUGGCUACAACAACCGCAAUAUGUCCCACGUUCUUGUGUGGGUGAAGAAGACCGGUGAUUGUGUCCCCGACGAAGCGAUGAGUGCAGGGCUGGAUAUCGUUGUCGACAUCGUGUUGUACUUCAUCGAUCACCUGGUGAUCGAGCACGGCAACAAACUUGAUAUGGGGGCGUUCUAUUACACGUACCUGGAUCCGCCGCUCGUAAGACGUCGUUUUUUCCACGGCGAGAUACGAUUGUAGAAUGUUUACAGCCGGAUGGUGUUCUGUGAUGCGUGUUUUUGGUCAUCACUGAUGGUCGAGAGCCACGUGUCGAAUCGCAAGCACAAAGG